CAUUCAGGCACACGCUGCGUGGUUCUGCUGCCUGUUGAAGCAUGGAGGAGUUGGCCAGAGAGAGCAUCACUCUGCUGGCUUCAGCCUCAGCCAAGCCGCCGCUGGACGUCGGGCCCCGGCUGGGCUCCAUGGGGGCCAUUUUCAUCAUGCUGAAAUCCGCUCUGGGCGCUGGGCUCCUCAACUUUCCCUGGGCCUUCGAGAGAGCCGGGGGCAUCCGGAACGCGGUCACCGUGGAGCUGAUCUCCCUGGUGUUCCUGAUCAGCGGCCUGAUCAUCCUGGGCUACUCUUCGUCCAUCUGUGGUCAGUGCACCUACCAGGCGGUGGUGAAGGAGUUGUGCGGGCCGGCUAUCGGCCAGCUGUGCGAGGUCUGCUUCAUCUUCAACCUCUUUAUGAUCUCUGUGGCCUUUCUGGUCAUUGUGGACGACCAGCUGGAAAAAUUGUGUGACUCCCUGUAUGAGGUGUUGACCGGUUUGCCAAAGUCGGAGAUGCCGUACCACUUCUACACAGACCAACGCUUCGCCCUCCUGCUGCUCUGCGUCUUCCUCAUCCUGCCAAUGUCCAUCUCCAAAGAGAUCAGCAUUCAGAAAUAUAUCAGUGUUCUGGGAACUCUGGCUGCAACCUACCUGACCGUUGCCAUCAUCAUCAAGUACCACACCAGGCCGGCUGGUCUGGUUUACAACACCCCACUCUACUCCACUGGGAUCAGUUCCUGGGCCUCCAUGUUCAGCGUCAUCCCGACCAUCUGCUUCGGUUUCCAAUGUCACGAGGCGUCCAUCGCCAUCUACAGUAGCAUGGAAAACCAGCGGCUGUCUCACUGGGUCUUCGUCUCUGUGGUGGCCAUGAUCAUCUGCCUUGUCAUUUACUCCCUCACAGGGGUUUACGGCUACCUGACUUUCGGGAAGGACUUGAAGGCGGACAUUUUAAUGUCAUACAGCAGCAAAGACAUCCUGAUGCUCAUCGCAAGGUUGCUGUUCGGGAUUUCCAUCAUCACCAUCUAUCCCAUCACUGUGCUGCUGGGAAGAUCGGUGAUCCAGGACCCUCUGCUGAGCUGGCAGCAGCGGCGCGUUGGCGUGGAUCUGGCGGAGUUUGAAAGCCGCAGCCGCUACACGCUGACAGUCCUGUGGAUAACGCUAACCCUGCUUAUCGCUGUGUUUGUGCCUGACAUCAGCAAGGUCAUCAGCGUCAUCGGAGGGAUCAGUGCCUUUUUUAUCUUCAUCUUCCCAGGACUCUGUUUGAUGUUUGCCAUGCAGUCUGAGCCGGUAUCCUGGAAAACCAGAGUCAUCCUCAGCAUUUGGGGAGUAGUGACCCUGAUCUGUGGAGCCUUUAUCUUCGGCCAGAGCACCACCAUCGCUGUCAUGCAGCUCCUAGGAAAGAUCUGACUUUCAACUCAGCAAUCCAGACAUUUUUAGUCAGAAAACUGUUACUUCUCCUCCUGAGAACCUGUGGUGAGUGAAGGCUUGUAAACAGUGAACAACAUGAAUAAUGAAGCUUCAAAACGAGUCUUCCUCUACAGCCGACUGAAGUCAUUUGAACUUCCUGCCUCCUUCAGUGUUGAGGUUACUUUGACUUUGGUAACUCAUUCCAGAGUGAUGAAGCUCUCUGAAGGCCUCUGGCUGGAAUCCUCAGGUAUUUUCUGCAGUUUGUUGCAGUUUGUCAUCACUUUUAUUUAUGAUUUACAUACAGUCUGUCUGCAAGAUGAAGAGCUCCAAACUGUUUGGAUUUUUAUUCCCUCAUUUACACCCUUUACAUGUUACCACUGGAAUAUGUGAAGAGGAAUGCCUGCCUGGGAAUAUUUUCAGGAUUAUUUUCUGCAGGGGAGCCAUUAUACACUGAAGUUGUGUAAAAGUGUUUACGGGGGGGGGGGUUUCCACCUCGUUUCCACCGGUGGGUCUGGAUGGUUAGGGUGCGGAUAUGUCUUGCAAACUGUAAUUUCUUUGUGUUCCCACAGCCGACCAUAACCUUACCUGAGACAUGGGGUAUCAGCCGGAUAGCGACAGAUGCCUCAGCUACGUAACAGCUCGAAGCCAUCGCAGCGCAGCGCCUUCCUUAAAGUAGAACCAAAACACAACUCAGAAACAAAGAAGAAUACCGGUCAUCCAACAGUUUGUGUUGU